ACGAGCUAAUCUCUCUCAUCUCUCUCUUCAUAGUAGCUGCGUUAAUUAGUAGUCAGUGUCAACAUUUUACUGCUUAACACAUUUUCUUUUCUUUGAUUUGCUGCCUGUCACUCUUCUUUGAAUUCUAAUGGAUCGGAGUUUGAGAGAUGCUGCUCAGGAAGGAAGCAUUGAUGCCUUGCACUCAUUGGUACGGGGAGACCCAUAUAUUUUGGAUACAAUCGAUAAAAUUCCAUUUGUUGAGACUCCUUUACACAUAGCUGCAUCCGCUGGACAUACUCAGUUUGCCAUGGAGAUUGUGAGGUUAAAGCCGUCACUUGCUUGGAAGCUUAAUCAAGAUAGCUUCUCCCCGAUGCACCUCGCUUUGCAAAAUAACCAAACCCACGUGGUGUGCCGGCUACUUGAUGCUGAUAAAGACCUUGUUCGUGUCCAAGGAAAGGAGGGUGCAACUCCUUUGCAUCAUGUAGCUCAAACAGGAAACCUCUAUCUUUUGGCUGAAUUUCGAAAAGUCUGUCCCAUGUCCAUUAAAGAUGUAACAAUUCGAGGAGAGACUGCUCUUCAUUUUGCCCUGAAUAACACCAAGUUAGAUGCUUUUGAGUUCCUUAUAAGGUGGCUUCAGCAGAUCACGUUGGAAGAUGCCUCUUCAUUGUGGGAAAAUAAAUUGCUGAAUUGGAAGAAUGAGGAAGGUAACACUUUGUUGCAUAUGGCAGUAUCCAACGAUCAACCUCAGGUCGUGAGAUGGUUAUUGAAUGCUAGAAUUGAUACCAACGCUACGAAUUUAGCGGGUUUUACAGCUUUGGACAUCUUAGAAGAGCAAACACAGAUCGACAACAAUGAGAUCAGGGAUAUGUUAGCUUCUUCUCUUCCAAGGAAUAUGGAGAAUGUCGCUGAUUUGAGGGAUGCGGCUAAACAAGGAAGCAUUGAUGCAUUGUACGAAUUGAUACAAAUGGAUGCAAAAGUUUUGGACAGAAUUGAUAACAUUCCAUUUGUUGAGACUCCUUUACACAUUGCUGCAUCUGCGGGAAACAUCCAGUUUGUCAGAGAAAUCAUGAGUUUAAAGCCAUCAUUUGUUAGGAAGCUUAAUCAAAAUGGUUUCACCCCCAUGCACCUUGCUUUGCAAAAUAAUCAAACCCAAGUGGUGCUCCAGCUACUUAGUGUUGAUAAUGACCUUGUUCAUGUCGAAGGAAAGGAGGGUGUGACUCCUUUGCAUUACGUGGCUCAAAUAGGAAACUUUGAACUUUUAAAGCAAUUUUUAAAAGCCUGUCCUAAGUCUAUUGAACAUGUAACAAUUCGAAAAGAGACUGUUAUGCAUGUUGCCCUGAAAUACAAUAUGUUCGAGGCUUUUCGAUCCCUACUUAGUUGGCUUCGAGAGAACUGGUAUGAAAUUGACUCAUUGUGGGACAAGAAAUUGUUGGGCUGGCAAGAUGACGAAGGCAACACUGUGUUGCACAUUGCAAUAUCCAAGAGUCAAACCGAG